UGGAUAUUGAAUUGCGAUACUUUGCAUAAUUCGGAUCUGGUACCAGCGAAAAGUGCGGUGCAUUUGGUGUAGUUCGCGAUAUGAUGGCUGUGGUCAUCAUAACACUCUUAGUUUUCUCCUGCAGUUUAGCAACAUCUUUGAGUAGUGAAAAAAAACCAGGAGAUUCGGAUGAAAUCAUCUAUUUACCAGGUGCUUGGCCACAACCGAAUUUCAAGCAGUACUCUGGAUAUCUUCAUGGAUCUACUGACAAAGUCAACCUUCAUUACUGGCUUGUUGAAGCUGCUUCGUCACCGAAAUCCGCCCCACUAAUUUUAUGGCUAAAUGGUGGACCUGGAUGUUCUUCUCUAGAAGGUUUGCUUAAUGAAAACGGUCCCUACUUACUCAAGAAAGGACCUCGUCUUGUGGAAAAUCCGUACUCCUGGAAUAAAAUUGCUAAUGUUUUAUACUUGGAGGCUCCAGCUGGUGUAGGAUUCUCUUAUUCUACCGAUCCAGAUCAAAUUUGGGAUGAUGAUAAAACUGCUUUAGACAAUUAUCAUGCAUUGCUUCAUUUCUUGAAAAAAUUCCCUGAAUAUGAAGGACGUCGUCUAUUUAUUGCUGGUGAAAGUUAUGGUGGUGUUUAUGUGCCAACGUUGAGUUUACUUCUUUUGAAUUCAUCUAAAUUCGACUUUAAGUUAUGA